AAGAUGACAGAAGAAGAACGCCAGUAACAGGAAAAAGAAAAAGUAUUGUUUCAGUUCUCCGUGCUUGCUCACAUCUGUAUUGAUCCCAGUGUAAUGGCAGAGCGAGGAGCACAUUUAACAACAACAGCGGCUCCGGCUGAAGACAGACCCUCCGUAUUUGAGGUUUUAGCUCAGGACUCUUUGAUGAGUGCUGUUAAACCUGCAUUACUGCAUGCUGUGAAGAUCCUUGCUACGUCUAACCCCGCUCGCUAUGGAGUUCUUUGGAGGAGGUUUGAUGAGAUUUAUGCUAUCCUGGACGUCUUAUUGCAGCAUCAUUUCCUUUCCCGCACCAGCGCCUCAUUUUCAGAGAAUUUCUACGGUCUGAAGCGUGUAGGAGAAGACAGCACACAUGCAGCUCAUCUGGGACUCCGCCGCAGACAGCACUGGCGCUCCUUGUUCCUUCUGGCCCUCCUUCCUUACCUACACACCAAACUGGAAAAAAUCCUGGCUCGACAGAGAGACGAGGACGAUUUCUCCAUCCGCUUGCCUCAGUCCUUCAUGCAGAAGUUGUACAGGGCUUUUUUGGCUGCGUACCCCUUUGUGUGCAUGGCUUGGGAUGGCUGGGUCUUUUGCCAACAGCUUUUGUAUGUUUUCGGCAAAACACGGACACAUUCUCCGCUUCUGUGGCUGGCAGGGGUUAAACUCUCAUAUCUCACGGCUAAUGACAUACGCAGCCUGGAUCUUAAGCCAUCGGGCCCGGCACUGAGUCCCAGUCAAAGCUUUCGAGAGAAAUUUCAGCGCUUGGUCUCUGCAGCGGUUGGUGGUGUGGCUGUGUCUCUGUCAAGCAGCCUCUCGAUUGGAGUGUUUUUCCUGCAGUUCCUGGAGUGGUGGUAUUCAUCCGAGAACCAGAGCACCGUUAAAUCCUUGACCUCCCUUCCAACCCCUCCGCCGCCUCUCCACCUUCACAGCCAGGAGACAUCACCCUCACACAUCAAAGUCUGCCCGCUCUGCAGGAAAGUGCGCACCAAUGACACCGCGCUGGCCACUUCAGGCUACGUGUUUUGUUACAAGUGUAUAUAUGUGUAUGUUAAAGCCAAUCACAGGUGUCCCCUCACUGGCUACCCUUCAGGACUGCAGCACCUCAUUAAAAUAUACACACCUGAUGGAUAGACAUCUGUUUCGUUUUGUUUCCAAAUGCAUUAUUAAUGUGGAUCUGU